UCUGUUGAAUGAACUUGUCGGUGAAUAGGACAGCAUUAGUAGCUCAGUAUAUGCAGUAAAAACUGUUUAAAAAUAAAAAUAAAAAAACCCAAUGUUCGCUAAGACAAAUCGAGCAGCAGCCUGACCAAAGUCUUUUUUGAAGAUUUGGAUAUGUUUGGUAUCAAAAAAAUCGCUUGGAGAGCGGGUCAAAUUUUGUUAAUGUGCUGUGUAACAAGGGACUGAGUUCAGCCGAACACUGGGAUUGUGUGUUCCUCUUUAUAAUGGCUGUGUUAUACCUGGUCAUUGUCCUGCUCGUGUUCUAUGGAACUGUUCGGCAAACAGAUGCUGCGUGUCAUGUAAGCUGUACCACAGACUACAUCGCAACGCUGAACUGUUCCUAUUCGGGUUCAGAAAAAGCACUGUCUUAUGAGAUUCAGGCAAACUGCAGCGAUAUGAUGGGCUACACAGUUGGGAAAUGUGUCAUCAGAUCACCAAAUCAGUGGUGUACCAUGCAGCCAGACAACUUUUUCAUGAUAGUAAACCCUGAUACCUCUUGUGAACUCAAAGGAAAACACAUCAACCAACAAACCAACAGGGAAGAGUGCGCUUCAAAGGUUGUGCUUCUGAACCAGAUGAUUAAGCCACAGCAACCUGUGAAUCUAACUCUUACUAAAAAUAAUAAAGAAUUCAACAUCACCUGGGAGAUGGCUUAUAAAGAGGAUGAAAAUGUCGAGCUGUUUGGUGAAUUGAUAUAUCGAGUGCGUUUAAGGCCAAAAGGCAUCAUGAACAAGGAGCACUCGAGGGUGUACAAUGUCGGAGAGGACCGCAGGUAUCAGGAAAUCCAGUGUGACCUGCUCUCUCCAGGAAAAGUGUAUGUGGUUGAUGUUCAGGCCUCAGUCAACCCCCAACUGAAGAACCUUGACCAAACCGAAUGGAGCAAAUGGAGCGACAGCGUGGAGUGCACCUGCCCCCACGCCGACCCUGAGCCUUUUGAUCGUUUAUGGUACUUCUUGAUGCUGCCUCUUGUUUUUGGACUCUUUGGGUUCUUUGCAAUGCGCUACAAGGGCUUGCUUAAGAAGCCGUGUCUGGUUCAGUAUAUCCCGGACCCCCAUGAUUUCUUCAAACCCCUUUAUCACACAUACCAAGGAGACUUCAAGAAAUGGGUUGGACCAGUGUUUACCUUCAGCAGCUUUGACGUGCUGGAAAAGAGUGCUCCACUGCAGGUGCUGAGUGAGAAACAGCAAGCUGCUGUGCCGCUGCAAACGCCUCUUCUCCCCAAUCAAGGAAGUGGAGGCAGUAGUCUAGGAGACUGGAGUCUUCUCAGCUUGAUGAACCCAGACUUGUCCAAGCGUUAUUUCCUUGGAGGCAGCAGCCUUGGCUUUGGCCACUCCAGUGGCCACAUCUCCAUGGAUACCGUGACCGUGUCUGGACAGGAGGGGGCCAUGUCAAAUUUUGAAGAGACUAAUCGGAAUGCAGUUGAGGUUCCUGAUGAGAUCGAAGAUCCGGAGCCGGGCAACAGGGAGAGUUCAGAAGUACAGGGUUUCAAUGAGUGGCAGCUGCAAGCCAAUGACGCAGAGAAUGGUGAAGAGCUCUCACUGGAUUCAUUUAGUUCCAACGAACACUCUGAUUAUGGUUAUCCUCAAAUUGGCCUUGACUUAGACACUAUUGACAGUGGAUUCUUGGAAUCAGACUGCUCGAGCCCGGUGAGCUCUGAAUGCGAAGGAGGAGAACGAAUGGACACUGGUUUAUUGGGUGGCACUGUGGGGACCCAUUCAAACUAUGUCAAGCAGUGGAUGGCUUUUAUGCCAGCAAGUAAUUGUGAAGGAGAAAAUAGCAACUCUUUGUAGGAAACUUCUGUUUCCAUGAACUGCUACACUGACAGACUAUCAUGCAAAAGGUUUUGGAAUUGUCCAAAAAGUCUUUAUUGCAUGUUUAUUAGCCAUAUAUGGUUACAGAUUAUCUACAGUGACGUCUCUACCAUGCAGAAACAAUAGUCUUAGAGACAUGAUUCUUGGACUUAAUUCUGGGUAUUUUGCCUCUGUGUAAAUCUAUGAAAAGAGACUUUGAUGUUAUCACUUACUGCAGAUUUUUUUUUAACAAAACAAAAUGAUAGUUGUAGAACAGGAGGUGGUGAAGAUUACUUGUGACAAUCACGUGACAACGCUCCAUAGUUUUGCACUUGUUAUCAAGAUUUCUGAGUGAAAAGGAAACUGAGCACGUGGAGAUAAGGCAACAUGGGCAUUCUUCUGAGGAGGGCUUAAUCUGAUAGACACUGAAAUGCAUAUACUAGUAUAUCAGAUCAUUUAUGUGCAUGCUAUAAUUGCUGAUCUCAGCUACUGACUUUUUUCCAUCUUUGUUUAACACUCAGGCAAAGUAUAAAUGUCAUAUCUUGAUUACUUUUGGCAGCUGAUUUGAUGCUGUUUUUCGAAGAUGAGUCAGACUGGUAUUAGCAGCACUUAAUUGUGAAGUAUGGGAGCAAGUUUGCCUUUAAAGUUGACUUAUUUGCAGUAAUCAGACAGAACCAAAGCUCAGAUGGACAGAUUGUUGUUGAUUUAUAUGUAUUAAGCUCAGUUCAUGAACUUCCAUGUCCAUGAAGUGCACUGGGCAUGCACUUUUACAUCACGAUAGAAGUGUCAGUCCUUGUUUUCCUUUUGCCUACCAAUGUAGUAGCACUUUAUUUCCCUGAAUCAAACUGACAAGAAUGUUAGUUAAAUAUUAGCUUUCACUCAUCACAUUAGAAAACCUCGUUUAAAAGCCCCUUCUUUAUUUUUACCUCUGCCAACUUUAUUGUUGGAGGAGGUCACGCUUUCACUGCUGUUUGUUUAUUUGUUUGUUUGUUCCCAAUGUAACUCAAAAAGUAGUGAACAGAAUUGGAUGAAAUUUGGUGGAAAGGUGAUCCAUGGGCCAAGGAACAAUUCAUUAGAUUUUGAUGCAAACCCAUAUGCAUGUGGAAACAGGACCCAGAUAUGUAUGUGGAUCCAGGAUUUUUUUUUUUUUUGUCUGUUCCCAAUGUAACUCAAAAUGUAGUGAACAGAUUUGGAUGAAACUUAGUGGACAGCUUUAGUAUUAUCCUAGGUUCAAGUCAUUUGAUUUUGAUAUUGAUCAUAUGUGGCUUGCACUCGACUGAGUGCCCUUCUAUUUAAUACAGUAUAUGCCUUUAUAAAAAAAAACCUACCAGAAAAUGAAUACGUAUUUACAGUGGAAUGGACACAAAAAUUGUUUUCAAUUCAUAAUUAUUGCUGACUUCACGAAAAUAGAUUUUAUAUAAACAAACUCUAUUUUGCUCAUGUAUACAGAAGUUCUUGACAACGUAAUCUCAUUUCUAAUGGGCCCUGUGCAAGAAUAACUAAAAGAAAGGGGACACUAAAGGGGAAUGUGGAGCAUAUUACAAAAUAAAAGGACUAAGUGGAAAACAAAAUGAAAAUAAGAAUUAUGCAAAACACACAUCAGGAGUAUAUUGCUUACUCUCAUGUACUAUCAGAUAUGUUGUUGUUGUUGUUGUUGUUUCCUUACAUUAAAAAUAAAUAAAUAAAUAAAUAAAUAAGAGAUUUCCUUCCCUGAAACUGAUUUCUUUGGCUAAAAUCAAUGCAGUCAAUUCCUUCAAAUCCAGUCCAGUCUUUAACGUGCAAUCAAAUGUGAUAAACUCUAUAGAUGGCAGCUGUAUAGAAAUAAACCUGUUGUUUAUAUUAUAUCAGGGAGAAGAAAUUAACUUUUUCAUGAUAGUUUCAGUGUCUUUGCAAAUUAUGUGUUACAUGUACCAUUAUACAUGUGAUAAUGGUUUUGAAAUUUAUUUAAUUGGUCCAACAUCCAUUAUUGGUCCAACAUCCAUUAUGUCUGCAGUGUCAGUUACUGUGUCAUAAAAAAAUAAAAAGCUAACUUUGGUUUUUCUGACUAAGAGGAUGCUUAAUUCAGUGUAGGCACAGAACAAAAUGACUGAAUACUCCGAAAUGUCAAAGAGUGCAAAACACCCCACCAUCAAGAUACCUCCUUCAUUAACUGAUCAUAGAUUAAGAUAAUAUUGUGGUUUGGCAAGAACUGUCUGUAUAUAUAAAGCCACGCACGGUUAGCAGAAGCUGAGAGCUUAUUCACCUUCAAAUGCUUUACCUCAAAAGGUAACUACCAUCUUUAUUUCUAUCAUGUUUUUCAGUGAACCUGCUUGAGCUGAAAUUUGUCUAAGUUACCUGACAGUGUGACAGCUUUGUCAUGUAUUUAUGUACAUUCAUUGUAAAAGGAAAGCUUUUUUAUUAGUAGUGCAAAAGUUUCAUGUUUUACUUCGGCUACAUGUUUUAUCUUGUCAGUUUUGUCUUUAAAUUUAAACGUUACAAUUAUGAUUAAACAUGUGCCUGGAACAGUACAGAA